UUUAUUUAAAAUAGCGAAAUACUGUCUAGCGGAAAUGAAGGUUUUCUGUGUUAUAUUAGUGGUGUGCUUAUGGGGCAUGUGUGAGGCACUUCCAAAGGUAAAAGAUUCCUGGGGAAAUGUUUUACAAGAGACAGUGUUAAAGUCCAACAAAUUUGCAGAUAGAAGCGAGAAAAAUUUGGUUGAACAAUUUAUUAAAAAUCACGUUAGUAAUAAUGACGCUCUUCCACCAAUCGAUUCCUUUGUAACUAGAAGCGAUAUAAACGAAAUAGAUGUUUCGUCUUAUUUUAAUGAGGGAAGGAGCCAAACUGAAGCUCGUAAGAAGUCGAAAAUUAAGAAAAUCUUCGUCCCAAUUUUGGUAUUUAUAUUCAUUAAAGCAAUUACUUUAAUUCCUCUGGCACUUGGUCUACUUAGUAUAAAGGCUUGGAAUGCUAUCCAGCUUUCAUUCGUAUCCUUUGUUACAACAAUUGCUCUGGCAGUUUGGAAACUGUGUUCAAAAGUAAAUGGAGAUCAACCACAGCCACAAAUUUAUCAUCAAACUUAUGACCCUGAACACUAUUUCGACCACCAUCAAGUUGCUGCUGCUAGAACCGACCAACAAGAAGAGGAAAUUCAGAUGGCUUAUAGCGGAUACUCACAAGAUUCAAACAAAGUCUAUUAAUACAAUAUUUUUAACCCUUACAGGCAUAAUAAAUACAUUUUUAAAUUUGUC